GUCGCCGCCAGGUGGGCCCUCGCCGUGCCGUCCCCGCACCCCAACCGGCCAACCCGAUCCCCAAACAGAUGCCUGUGAUGUGUGCCUGCCUCAGCCCGCCGCGCCAUUCCUCCCUCCCUUCCUGCUCCUCCUCCUCUCCCAGUGCGCGCGGGCGGCCUCACAUCACUUGAGCUCACUCGCGCCGGCAGCCGGCAGGCUUGCUCGAGAUCCAGCACCCCCUGCUCGGCUGCCCCCAGGGCGAGGGCACCGCCCGUGACCCGUGAUCUUGCCUCACCUACUCCUGGAUUCGAUCCCAUCCAGCGCCCCGCCCCCUCCCUUUCCAGAUCUCACCCCCGACCCAUGACAUGACCACUAGGGCCCGACGCCCACGCGGGGGGAGCAGGAGCACCACCACCACCACCACCACCGUCGUCGCCUCCGCUGCCGCCCAUGGCCCCGCCCCGCCGCGCUGAACGCCUCGCCCCGCGCGCCGCCGCCCAUGGAGGACCUGGCCGCCGUUAGCUCCGCCGCCGCCGCCGCGGGGCUCACGCUCUUCGCCACCGCCGUCGCCGACAUCAUGGAGGAGGCCGCCUCCGCCUCCGCAGCCGCGUUCGGGAUCGGCGCCGCGCUGCCGCCGCCACCCCCGGUGCAGGCGGGGCGCGGGGAGGAGGACGCGGGGGGCGACGCCUCCGCCUGCGGGAGCCCGUGCUCCGUCGCCAGCGAAUGCAGCAGCGUCGCCACCGCCGACUUCGAGGGCUUCGCCGAGGUCGGCUCCGCGCUCGUGCUCGACGACCUCGUCGCCGCGGCCGCCGCCUCCGUGCCGGAGGCCGCCUCCGGCACCAGGAUCGCGGGGGCCGGCGCCAGGAGCGUCUUCGCGGUCGACUACGUGCCGCGCUGGGGCCUCGAGUCCAUAUGCGGCCGCCGCCCCGAGAUGGAGGACGCCGCCAUCGUGCUGCCGCGGUUCGUCGACGUCCCGCUCUGGAUGGUCGCGGGCGACGCGCCGGUGGACGGCCUCGACCGGGCCUCCUUCCGCCUUCCCGCUCACUUCUUCGGCGUCUACGACGGCCACGGUGGCGUCCAGGUUGCCAAUUACUGCCGCGAGAGAAUCCACUCCGUACUGAUAGAGGAGCUCAGUAAGGCAGAGGAAUCAGUGUCUGGCGCUGACUUAAGUGGCCUGGAGUCCAAGAAGCAGUGGGAGAAGGCCUUUGUGGACUGCUUCAGCCGGGUUGAUUCAGAGGUGGGAGGAAAUGCAACAACCGCUGGCAAGCCUGUGGCUCCAGACACGGUGGGGUCAACAGCGGUGGUCGCAGUUGUCUGCUCAUCACACAUAAUUGUUGCAAAUUGCGGUGACUCACGAGCAGUGCUCUGCCGGGGCAAGCAGCCCUUGGCGCUGUCGGUGGACCAUAAACCAAACAGGGAAGAUGAGUAUGCGAGGAUUGAGGCGCAGGGUGGCAAGGUCAUCCAGUGGAACGGCUAUCGGGUUCUCGGUGUUCUUGCCAUGUCCCGAUCAAUUGGGGACCGAUACCUGAAGCCAUAUAUAAUCCCAGUCCCUGAGGUCACAAUUGUCGCCCGUGCAAAAGAGGACGAGUGCCUUAUUCUUGCAAGUGAUGGCCUCUGGGAUGUAAUGUCCAAUGAAGAGGUAUGCGACGCUGCUCGCAAGCGGAUACUGCUAUGGCACAAGAAGAAUGCAGAUGCCUCAUCAUCAGCCCAGAGAAGCGGUGAUUCUCCAGAUCAAGCAGCUCAAGCAGCUGCCGAAUACUUGUCGAAGCUGGCUCUCCAGAAGGGGAGCAAGGACAACAUAACCGUCGUCGUAGUUGACCUCAAGUCACAUAGGAAGUUCAAGAGCAAAACAUAAACCAUGGAUUCAGGAAGACAUGGACAAUAACAAUACUAGUUACUAGGACGCUAGAAAUGUGGAGGAAAAGAUCAUGUUUAGUCUGCUGCACAGGCUCAUUGGUUAGCAUUUGUCCAUUUCGACAACCAUAUAGGCUGCCACGUUAAAGGGUACAGGUUCAUACACAAGUCUAAUCUGGUUGGGGAUUGGGCUGAUCAAGAAAGGUGAUUGAUCCUAUAGGGUCCAAAUCUGAAACAUGACAUACAUAUGUAGAAGUAGGUAUUACAGAUUGGGUCUGGAGCAUUGUUUUUUGCUGACAGGUAAAGGUACAAUAGAAAUUGCUAGCACUAAACUACCUAAUCGCACACUGUACUUGUGCUUUGAUAUAUAAUAGCAGAUCAGCAGUGCAAGAAUACCA